AUGGUUCUCCAGCCUCUGGCUCUAUGUCGAUUGUGCAAGGAAAUUCCAGCUAUGCCACAUGGAAAAACAUGGCAAUUGAAGGAUUCUAAUGUACAUGGGAUUAGAACUCCUAGUGUGGGAGUUGGACCUGAAAACGAUGAGAUUGUGACCUAUGAUGAGAUACUAAAUUUUAACAAGGAAAAUGUUGCUAAUGUGGCGUAUGAUACGGAGACAGUAUCAACAUGCUGGGAUUCAGGAACUAACUGGAUUGGGUAUGAUGGAUUUGAAUCAACUGUAGGGAAGGUUAAUUUUGCUAGGGACCAAGGUUUGCUUGUAGUUGAUAUGAGUCGAGGCAUUGGAAAAACUAAGAGGCUUCGAGUUGAGAUCCAUCAACCUCUUGGAAAUCAGAAAGCUCCAAACUUUCCUAUCCAAUGA